UUCCAUUGAUAUAUUCGAAUUGAUCGGUGAGGAAAAUGCUACAUGGGGACACAUUUCUCUGUUACACAGGAAGCAGCACGGAUGUAAUUUGAUGCAGCGCAAGCUCCUCUUCCGGUCUCUUUUCCCUUAGCCACCGGACGAAAAUGACGAAGGGAACAUCAUCUUUCGGAAAGCGCCGGAACAAGACGCACACCCUGUGCCGUCGUUGUGGGUCCAAGGCUUACCACCUGCAGAAGUCCUCCUGUGGCAAGUGUGGCUACCCUGAGAAGCGCAAGAGAAAGUACAACUGGAGCGCUAAGGCCAAGAGGAGGAACACCACUGGGACCGGCCGUCUGAGACACCUGAAGGUUGUCUACCGCAGAUUCAGGAAUGGCUUCCGGGAAGGCACCACCCCCAAACCCAGACGUGCUGCAGUGGCCGCCUCCAGCUCAUCCUAAAAGACACAUUUUUGGUUAAAUAAAUGUGAUGUUAAACAGGA